GCGGCUGCAAGUUCCUAUUUAGGCAAGAAAAUGUGUAAUCGCCGCAAUGUUUAUAAUGUUUAUAUCAUUUUUGUGUGAAAUAAAAAAAUCGAGCUUUGAUUUUGAGCUGCAAUUCAUAAAAUAUCGUAAAGAUGUCAUUUCGUUGUUCACCAUUGAAAGUUAUCACUAUUAAUGGUUUUGGUUUAGUACUUUCUAUAGGAAAUAUAAAAUUAAAAUAUUUGCAAUAAAUUGUUUGUUCGUAAAGACUCUUGAAUUCUGACUUAAUAAAAUGAAUUUUAGAAGCAAAGCAUUUAAAUUAAUGCUGAAUGUAUUAAGGCAUAAUAGUUCUCAAUCUCGAAACUUGCCGAUCGUCAAAGUUUUAUGCUUAGACGAUGACAGCAAUAUUAAAGUUUCGUUUAAAUUGCCGCGAUCUUCAUAUCUGAAUGUAAAAGCACCGAAAGAAGAAUGUUGUCAAAGCAUUCUGUCUCGAAUAAAACUGAUGGUGAACUUACAGCGUAAGAAAGAAGAAAUGCGGCAAGUUGUUAUGAACAAAUAUUCAAAUGUUCAAGUUGCUGUUGAGGAAGCAGAAGAGGACUUUGAUGUAAAUUUGAUUCAAAAUAAUAAAUUUAUGGAUGAAAAAACAUUAAACAUGGAAGCUUGGGCUCAGGCCACACAACUGAAGAUAGGUGAACUUAGUUUUGAUGUAAAAUUUAAUUUCCCAUCUGUUAUCAGUUUGAAUCUACCUGAAUACAUAUUAUCUGGGUGUAGUAUAAGACCUAGGUUUAGAUUGGAGUGUGCAAAUUUAGAGGACUGUUGUUUUAUUUGGUAUCGCUCUCAAUCUAAAGACAAAUUCAAUGACCUAUUAAAUAUCCAUGGCUCAGGUGAUUUAAUUAUAGAAGAAGAUCGAAUUUGGUUAAAAGUUAGUGAGGGAUUUAUUUAUACAACUUGUUCAGAUGACAUAGGUUGUUUCUUGAAAGUCGUGUGCAUUCCUCGAAGGGGUAAAUAUGUGGGUCAAGAUUUCUCUACUGCAUCAGUAAGUGAAGUUCAGGCUGUUCCUGAAAAAUUACCCUUUGAGAAAAGGCAAAAAUUUACACCAAAUCUAACUGAAGAUGAUAGCAUACGAUGUGUGUCUUAUAAUACUUUAGCCAACACAUAUGUUGAGAAACGGAAAUUUCCUUAUUGCUCAGAAAAAGCCCGAAAUAAUUAUUAUAGGAAACAACUACUUCUAAAGGAACUAAUUGGUUACAAUAGUGAUAUCAUAUGUUUACAAGAAGUGGAAGAACGAUUGUUUAGCUAUGACAUUUUUCCAGUUUUGGAAAGAGUUGGUUUUCAUGGUUGCUAUAAGAAAAAAGGAGGACGACGUUACGAAGGGCUAGCAUCAUUUUAUCGGACAAGUAAAUUUAAGCUUAUCAAGAGUUACGAAGUGCUAUUGAAUGAAAUUAUUUACAAGGACUUUUGUAAAGAUUUAAGGACAAAAGUGAGUGGUAGUAACAGAGAUGUCAGUGUUUUGCUGAAACAAGAUUCUGCAUUUCAGAUUUUGGUUCUGCAGCUCAGAAAAUUUCCCUUCUCUAUGGUUAUCGUUGCUAACACCCAUCUCUAUUCAAACAAAGACAGUCCUGAAGUUAGACUCAUCCAAGCUGCUCUUUGCACUCAGUACAUUGAAAAUUUAAUAAAAACUGAGGAUCUGAAAUCUGCUGGUGUUUUAUUUUGUGGAGAUUUUAACAGUAUGCCGAAUUCUGAAACAUAUAAUUUUAUGACUUCGGGAAAGUGUUUUCCAAGUUGGAAAAAUAAUUCAAAUAUGAAUGAAGAAGCUCCACUUACUCACGACUUAAAUUUAGAUAGUGCUUGUGGGACUCCAGAUUAUACAAAUUAUACAGAAGAAUUCUAUGGCUGUUUGGACUAUAUAUUUUACUCUAAAAACAAAUUAACAGUGUCUGAAGUUGUACCAAUGCCUAGGCACGAAGAUGUAAUAGCACAAAUUGGAUUACCAAAUGAAUAUUUUCCCUCUGAUCAUUUAGCACUUGUUUGUACUUUAAAAUGGAAUAAUUUAUAGUUAUUAAUAAAUUUUUACUAUUUGCCAA